CCAGGGCCGCUCGCCAGCCAUCCUUCGGCGAGGAACUCUCCGCCCCACCGCUGGCUCGCCCAUGCCUCUAGGAGUCGUACCGUAACUGGAAGCCAUGUGGUCCCAGGGCGCUUCGGGGAGCGGGAGCCUCCUGCUGGUUGCUGCCCUGUUCUCUGCACUGGUGCUGUCUCCAACCCUGGCCAUCCACGUUUACACACACCGGGAGGUCCAUGGCACGGUGGGAUCCCAGGUCACCCUCUCCUGCAGCUUCUGGUCCAGCGAGUGGAUCUCCGAAGAAGUCUCCAUCACGUGGCUGUUCCAGCCAGAAACCGGCAAGGACACCACCUCAAUAUUCCACUUUGUGAAGGGGCAGCCCUACGUCGAUGAAGUGGGCACCUUCAAGAAUCGCAUGGAGUGGGUGGGGGACCCCCACCGCAAGGACGGCUCCAUCGUCAUCCACAACCUGGAGCACACCGACAACGGCACCUUCACCUGCGACGUCAAGAACCCGCCCGACAUUGCUGGCAAGUCGUCUCAGGUCACCCUCUACGUCUUCGAGAAAGUGCCCACCCAGUACGGUGUGGUCUUGGGGUCCAUCAUCGGAGGCGUGCUGGGACUGGUCAUCCUCGUGGUGGUGCUAGCCUAUCUCAUCAGGUAUUGCUGGCUAAGGAGGCAGGCAACGCUUCAGAGACAACUCAGUGCUAUGGAGAAAGGCAAACUGCAGCGGUCAGCCAAGGAUUCGUCAAAACGAGGCCGCCAGCCCCCCGUCCUGUACGCCAUGCUGGACCAUAGCCGGAGCACCAAGUCGGCCAGCGAGAAGAAAUCCAAGGGCCUCCUGGGCGAGUCCCGCAAAGACAAGAAAUAGCGGUUAGCAGGCAGGGAAGGUACCCCCAAGGCGGGCGCCGAGUCCCCCCGCAGUUCAAAGGUCGUCAUGACCAUCGAGAUGGAACUGAGGGGGGACGAGGCUGAGGCCGCAGGCCUCAAACCUGCCGUCAAGUCCCCCAGCAAGAACAGCCUCAAAAACGCCCUGAUGAACAUCAUCAAGAUGGACUCAGAAAAGUGAUGGAUACCCCCAAAACUGAGGACUGGGGUGUCCUGCCCCGCCCCCUCAACUCCUUGAGGGAGGGGGCCAGGAUGCCUGCCCCACUGUCCCCUCCUCCUGGCUUCACCUCUCCACGCUACCCCAUGGAGAGUCGGCUCUCUGGCCCGUCCCGUGGAGAGUCUGCCCUCUGGCUGGGCUGAGGGGCAGGGCUAGGCCAUCUCCCCUGCCAGUCCAGGCUUCCUUUCUCUUGGUUCGGCUGCACUAUGAACCCCAGUGCAGGGCAGCUGCAUGUAGGGGCUCUGGGGAGACUAGAGGCAAGUUGGGAGGGGGGGAUUAGCCCCUCCCGGCAUUGCAGGGGAGACGCUGCCAGGCGGCAUCACGCGUCCCUUAUGCUGCUAGCGUGAGGCCAGCGCCAGCCCCCUCAGCAGGUGUCUGGCUGGCGAGAGCCACUCACCACAGCAGCAUGGAGCUUACCUGCCUGGAACUGUGCGGGUGGGUCUGCAUGUACCACACGUGGCCCCAGGGGCCGGCCAGCUGACACGAAGGCCUGGACAGAGCAGAGGAGACAGCCCUAGGGGAGAAGGAUGACGCCAGUGGGGCAUCUCUCACCCUGGCCCCGACUCCCCCGGGGCCUGCCCCUGCCCGCAGGUUAGGGGACCCUACAAGGAUUUGGGUGUGGUCCUUGGACAGGGUCCCCACAGAAACGGCCGCCCCGUGCCCUGGCCUGAGAGACCAGACUCCCAGCAGCCGCUGAGCCUGACGAGACACAGAAGCCAUGAGGACGGGACAGCAGGGGCCCCUCACCCCUGCCCCGAAGCCCCUGCCUAUGGUACCUUCCGCUGCGUGAAAGUCAGUUUAAAAAACUCUCCCCCGCCCGGCCCCCCGGGCACAGGUGUAAUUUUUUUAUUUGAAGAUACAAUCAGUGACUCUGAGACUCUGCAGGAUGGUUUAACCCCGUGGGCCGGGGCAGCUAGGGGCACCAGCCAGCCUCACCCCAAUACCUGCCUCUCCCACGCCCCAGCCCUGCCACGUCUUCCCCGUGGGCCCUGCCCCAGAGCCCCUGUGGGAGUUAUACCAUCCUGCAAACCCCUCCCCCUCCCAGCUCUAAGCCCUUGGUCAGGAGGGGUUUUCAUCCUCCCGGAGGGAUUUUACCUUUCAUCCCUUCUUACCGUUUUCUCGUCUCUUCCUGUGACUGAGCACAAAUGAUGUCACACGGUGAUCGCCUGCCCUG